AUGAAGGGCUUCUCAAAGUUCAUCCAGCGGACACCGCACAUGGUUACCUCGCGGGUGGGCCUGGCGGCCAAGUCGACAGAUGUUGAAUUUGACCAUCUGCGCAAUAAGUUUAAUGCGAUGGAGAAGUUGAUUCGUCAAUUGACGAAAGAGUCUCGUACCUAUUUGGACUCGGUCAAGAAAAUGCUGGACGCUUGCACCUCGUUUGCUUCGGAGUAUAGCGCCUUGUUCCAUCCGUUUGGUAAUGAAUAUGACUUGGAACGCCGUCACCCGGAGACGGUGCAGACACUUGUGAACCUCACGGGCUAUGUGGCGUACAUUGACGAUCUGCGCGAGACGUUGCGCCCUGAGAUCGAGUUGAUUUCGACGCGUAUUAUUGCGCCCACAGAGGAGCUGGAGAAGUUUCUGAAGUCGAUUGAGAAGGCGAUCACAAAGCGUGACCACAAGCUGAUCGACUUUGACCGCCAUACCAACUCGUACAACAAGCUGAAAGAGAAGCAGAACCGUUCCGCCAAAGAGGAUCAAUCGAUGUUCAAGCUGGAACAUGACUGUGAGGCUGCCGCGGCCGAUUACGAGCACCAUAACAACCUGCUCAAGCAGGAGCUUCCGCAGUUCCUCGCGAUGGCGACGCGUUUUGUGACGCCGCUCUUCUACUCGUUCUACUAUAUGCAGCUGAACAUCUUCUACCUGUCGAUGGACAAGCUCAAGGCGUAUGCGAACGGCAAGUUUGACUUGUCGGAGAACAACCUCAUUUCGCAUGAGCACAAGUUUGCUAUGGACAUGAGCCACAUUAUUGCAGAGUUGGAAUCCUUCUCGAUCCAAAAGCCCGUGCCGCCCAGCGCGCGUAUUAUGCAGAUGGCCAGGGCUGGUCAGUCUCUCAGCACGCGGCCGCGUGGUCAGACGGUGCAGGGAGAGAAGGGGAAGGCAGCCGUGGCGGCAGCGGCUGUACCUGCCACUGCCACGGCCGCCUCGUCGAGUGUCCCACCGCCAGCGUACAGUCCCUCGACCGCUGGUGUCACCGCAGCGGCAGGCAAGCCGAGUGCUAUGUCGGCCGAUUAUGUGGUGGCAUUGUACGACUACACGGCCACGGCUGACGGCGACCUGUCAUUCAAGGCAGGCGACCGAAUUGAAGUGCUGCAACGCACGCCCAGCACGGAGGAUUGGUGGACUGGUCGCUUGAAUGGCGUCCAAGGUGUAUUCCCGGGAAACUAUGUGCGUGAAGACGCAUAA